AAACCGACUGCAUGGGCUUGUCCUUUCGUUCGUCCUCAGUGAAGGAUAACGAUAAACAUCAGCAAAGUAGUUUGUUCAUAAAAAGCACUUUAGACUCACUUUUGGUACAUUACAGCCACACCGAAGCUACCCCAAGUGAAAAUACAAAGGAUCACGAGAUUUUGGAGAAUCGAUCGAGGAUGGACACCAUCAUACGUCGCUGCCCGUUCCUGUCCCGCGUGCCCCCGGCCUUCCUGCAGCAGGCCCGCCAGUCCCUGGUGGUGUACGCGCAGAAGUGCCCGGUCAUGAUGGACCUGGCCUCCCGCCCCUUCGCCCGCGCGCUCUCCACCUCUGCCGCCAGCUGCCAGAAGGCUGCGGACACCAGCUCCACCAGCCCCGCCGGCGAGGAGCCCAAACCGUUGCCGAAGCUGCCCCUCGGCCACCCCGUGCCCCCCCCCGGCCAGGCCAUGGCCUCCAAGUGCCCCUUCCUGGUGGCAGAGAUGGGGCAGAAGAACAGCAGCGUGGUGCGUGAGGCCAGUUUGGAGCUGCAGGAGGAUGUUCAGGAGAUGGACGCACUCCGCAAAGAGCGCUCGGCGACCCCUCCCAUGGUGGACAUCACCAAGGCUGAUGGAGAGGACCCCAAAAGCCUCCUGAAGAACCUGCUGAAGCAGCGGCCCGCCAGGGUGUCCCAUCUGCUGCAGGAGAACAUGCCCAAAUCGGUUUCAAACUUCCACUACGACAAGUUCUUUGAGAAGAAGAUCGAGGCCAAGAAGAACGACCACACGUACCGCGUGUUUAAGACCGUGAACAGGCGGGCGACCACGUUCCCCAUGGCGGAUGACUACACGGAAACGCUGACCACCAAGCGCGACGUGUCGGUGUGGUGCAGCAACGACUACCUGGGCAUGAGCCGACACCCGCGGGUCAUCCACACGAUAAUGGACACUUUACGGAAGCACGGCUCAGGAGCGGGAGGCACCCGGAACAUCUCCGGCACCAGCAAGUUUCACGUGGAGCUGGAGCACGAGUUGGCGGACCUGCACAACAAAGACGCGGCGCUGCUCUUCACCUCCUGCUUCGUGGCCAACGACUCCACCCUCUUCACCCUGGCCAAGAUGCUGCCAGGAUGUGAGAUCUACUCCGAUGCUGGGAACCACGCCUCAAUGAUUCAGGGCAUCAGGAACAGCGGGGCGAAGAAGUUCGUCUUCCGGCACAACGACGUGGGUCACCUACGAGAGCUGCUGCAGACGUCUGAUCCUUCGGUUCCCAAGAUCGUGGCGUUCGAGACCGUGCACUCCAUGGAUGGUGCCGUGUGUCCGCUGGAGGAGAUGUGUGACGUGGCCCACGAAUUCGGCGCCAUCACAUUCGUGGACGAGGUGCACGCGGUCGGGCUGUACGGGGCGAGAGGCGGCGGGAUCGGAGACCGCGACGGGGUCAUGCAGAAGAUGGACAUCAUCUCCGGCACUCUCGGCAAAGCCUUCGGCUGCGUGGGGGGCUACAUCGCCAGCACCGCCGCCCUGGUGGACACGGUGCGCUCCUACGCCGCCGGCUUCAUCUUCACCACCUCGCUGCCGCCCAUGCUGCUGGCGGGCGCGCGGGUCUCCGUGGCGACGCUGAAGAGCGAGGAGGGCCGCGCACUCCGCCGCAAGCACCAGCGCAACGUCAAGCUUCUCCGCCAGAUGCUCAUGGACUCGGGCCUGCCCGUCGUCCACUGCCCCAGCCACAUCAUUCCCAUCCGGGUCUCAGACGCGGCGAAGAACACGCAGGUGUGUGACCUCAUGAUGAGCAAGCACAACGUCUACGUCCAGGCCAUCAACUACCCCACGGUUGCCCGGGGCGACGAGCUCCUCCGCAUCGCCCCCACCCCCCACCACACCCCACAGAUGAUGAACUACUUUGUCGAAACGCUGGUGCAGACCUGGAAGGAGGUGGGCCUGGAGCUGCAGCCCCACUCGUCCGCGGAGUGCAACUUCUGCCGGCAGCCGCUGCACUUCCAGCUGAUGAGCGACCGGGAGAAGUCCUACUUCAGUGGUCUGAGCCAGCCCAUCUCAGCCUGCGCCUGACCCCCCCCCGUCCCCCCCACGCCCCGCCCCCCCCCUUUCCACCGUCUGUCCGUCUGCUUUGUAUCGGCUGUCAUAACUUAUUUAAAUUAAUCUUUCAUGUAUACUGUCUGUAUGGGAAAUAAACUCCAGAGAGGAAGAAUGCUGUUCUGUGUGUUAUUCUCUCAGGGUGGGGGAAAAAAAAACAAAAAAAACACCCAAUCAGCUGGAGGAUUAAUUUGUUUUUGUCUAUCAUCUGCAUUGGACUUUCAUUGGACAGUGGGGCAAAAUUUUUCCAACUUUGUUACAUUUUGUUGCAUAUAAAAUUAGGAUAUUGUCACGUCCGGUUGCUGUAAGGCGGUUUACUCUCUAGGAUUCCUCAAGUUGUUUUCAUCCACUGCAAGAUUCUGUGUUUGACAUCUCCAUCGUCUUGUUGUUUUGGCCCACACUCUCGCUUGUUGUGUGGGCGUUUGUGGUGUCCUUUCAGUUGGCAGCUAAUUAAAGCUCUUGGAACAAAGUGUAUGAAAGUCUUUAGCUAAUCAAUGACUUUCGACGUGGUGUGCAAAACCAUAAAAACUGAAGUAUAUGGAAGAGAUCCAUGCCCAGUGGUCCAGAUGCAGUAGGCAUUCCAAAACGUGUAUGCAGUGCAAUGCUCCCCCCGUGCUUAUCUGCUUGCAUCUCCUGUACAGAUGUUUAACAUCUUGACUUCGUAUUGACUGUUUUAUUUUUUUCGGCUACAGUGAAUAAAUACUUAUAUUUUUUCUGAUGAAUAAAAUGGAAAUGAAAAUGA